ACCUCAACGGGAUCACCGACCACUUGUUUCCCAUAAACCCCUGCGUACAAAAUACAAACACACACACACACACAAACAUCGCGAAGUGCCGCUACAUUUGUCUCUGAUUUUUAAUUUCACGCCUUUUUUUUUUUCUUUGAAAGUUGGAAAAAAAAAAUUCCACGUAUUCAAGUGAUUCCAUUGGUGGAGUGUCAACUACAUCUAUAUAAAGAAGAUGUUCAGAAUGCAUUGGAUAUAUUCUUGUAGUCGGAGGUAAGACUGUCUCAGAUAUCCAAAUAAUACUCAUUCAAAAUACAUAUUUACUGGGACCUAGUUCAGUCCAUCUGUCUUCCCUAGUCCAAAACUGAAGAGACGCACAAAACUGCACCGGAUGACCCCAUCGGACCGGUUACUAAGUACAUAGACCAUAGCCACCUGCACCUGGACAAAUCAGUGUCACAUGUUGUAUUCACCUGUACCAUUCCAGACCGUACCGUAGUGCUCACCCUGUGGGGUCACCCCGAACACUCGCAUGGUGUGAAACAUCUCUAACCACACGUUUGAUGCGUAUUGAGUGAAUUACUUGUUGAACUGAACAGCCAAAACGUUUAGGCAGUGAAGAAAGUCGUGAAUGAUUUGUUGACCUGCUGUAAGCUCAGGGUCAUAUACCCAGGUGCAGCAGCGUGAGGGGGGCUCGCGAGUUGGGGUACGUCAUUUGAGUGCCAUCUGUUAAGUCACCGCCAUGUCGCACAGAGGCUUUAUAUUAAGUCACUCUGCAGCAGAUCUAUUAAAACAAUUAAAGGACUCGGGCCUACAUAAGAAGUAACAGAACUUGAAGCCCACAAACAGAAAACAAGGACUAUAAAGGAAAUAUAAAGAACAUUUAAUCAAGAAUAUCAACAAGACAUUUAGCAAGCAGAUAACCAGGGAUAUAUUUCAUUGACAUGGUCACAUCUAAAAUGAUCUCGGCCUUAAGUCUAAGAACCGCCUAUGUGUCGCUUUUGAUGGCUCUUAUUAACUUGACUUAUAUAAGAGCCGAGGGGAGAGAAAGUGAAGGGUCAGUUAUUCAAGAGUAUACUGACUGUGGUUCUGAAGACAAGAUAAUUUAUUUUGACUACGUCCAUGCCACGCCUAUGCCAGUCAUUGUACCCGGGACACUGUUUGUCACCGUGUUGGGCAAUGUGACAAUGGACCUUCCCAGAAGGGUCAAUGUCUACCUAGAGAUUAAAAAGUAUAUCUUUGGUUUCCCAUUCACUGUACCAUGCUUCAACGGAGGUCUUGGCUCUUGCACCUUCGAGAAUAUCUGUAGGCAGCUGGAGCAGUACGAGGCAGUCGGAUGCCCGAAGGCAUUACGUCACUUUGGAAUCCAGUGUCAUUGCCCAUUUGCAGCGGGUCACUUCAACUUGACCCGUCUGCCCAUCAACAUCCCGAAGAUAAGUGGCCUGGCCAAGAGUCUUGUAAAUGGGGACUACCUCCUGGAGCUUCGUAUCAAUGAAGAGGACGGCCCCGAGCUGGGGUGCCUGCGCGUCAACUUCUCCAUGAAAAGGCGUCACAAAGGGUGGCUGUUUAAAAUCUGACGCCAGGAGCAAGUGGACGCCCAGAAGCAGCACGCUUCGACGCCUCCACUCCACGAGGGUAGACCGAAAAACAGGCAGCCCAGAAACCAAACGCACACCUCGAAGAGCAAGGACAAGAAAAGCUCGCCCAGGCCACGGGCGAACAGCGUCAGGACGCCAGGGGAGUCGGACAAAAAGAAAGGCGGUAGGGAGCAGCCCUGCUCCAGCAAGCAGCGGUGUAAAGAAAAACUUUUCCACAAUGAGAAACUGUCCGAUGCAUUAACGCAUCAGUUGUUAAAUGUCACGGUCAGUGAUCAAAAGAAUGCGAUCAACCAUAAAAAAGGAAAGAAGAGGAAAAAAGACAGGACGGUACUUUUAUAGUACACACACACACACACGCAUACACAUACACACUAACAGUCUUAAUAAUUCCAAUUGGUCUGAAAAUAUUGUGUACAAUAAAUUAUUCUGUACAUAUAGUACAUAGGUUUCAUUGUUUUACAGUUGUACAAUAUCAAAAAAAACAAAACAUAACGAAGCAGGGGCGUAGCUGACUUUUAAACCUAUUUCUACCGAACCAUAAUACUAGCGAUUUCUGCCUCUUGGCCUGAAAUAGAUGUAAGUAAUAUUGAAAAAGUCGUUUUGGCAUAAAGUUUGGCGGGGAGAGAAUCAGGUUUCUCUGCUCUUUUGUCCAGCUACACCUCUGUUCUCUUGUCCAGCUACAUCUCUGCUCUCUUGUCCAGCUACAUCUCUGUUCUCCUGUCCAGCUACUCCUCUGCAAACUAAUUUUAAGUAUUAUGUACGAUAAUGUCGGUGUAUAUUUGUUUCCUUGUGUGUGUACAGUUUUACAGUAUUACAUUUAAUAGAACAUGCUUUUUGAUUAUAUACCCUACAAUAGCAAGGGUGAUUGAAAGAUUGAGUACUGUUUAUCUGUCGAUCUGUAGGUUUGAUUCUAGGGUUGAAAUAAUAAUGGUCACGUUGAUUUAAGAAGGUGCUAUGCAGCGGUGUGAAAAGGGAGGGUUCGUGGGGGUGCUAACCUUAUUGGGUAACACCAAUGAAAGGGAAACCUAGUGUUCAAAAAGUAUACCAUAGUGCUUCAGUCAAUGAAUUUAUGCACAGAGCUCGUAACAAAAACAAAACAAACCCUGAUGGGUUUUAUUGGGAAAGUAAUGUUCAGAUGGGUGGUAGCACCAGAUCGGUCAUGUCGUGACCUGGUCUGAAUCACUCUGAACAGUCGACGUAGGCAGACUUAAGCAUCUAGAAGUAGAACAGAAUGUCGUGUUGAAUGAUUUCACUUCAUUCUUAGUUCCUGUUGAUUGUAAUCUAGAUGAUAUUGUGUUUGCAAAAGGGACUGUAUAAGUUAUAUCAACAAAAUAAAUGUAGCACUUGUUUGUAUUCAUACAUAAUGAAUGAGGUGGAAUAUUCUUGACUACAUCUAUUUUGUCAUAUUAAGUAUCUUACUUUUGAGUAAUGAAGUGUUAUCUUUUACCGCAUUUCACAUUAACCUUGGUCUAUCACUUACCCUUCUCUUGAUAGUCAGUAAUGCAUGUUAUAUACUGCUUUCUUUUAUAGAUGCAAUAGUAUUUUACCUUGUACAUGAACAAUGUAUAUUGUAUAUGUACCAUGUUCUACUAAGAUUUAACUCAUUGUAAUUAAUAUGAGGUUUGUAAAAGUAAUAGAAAUUUUUAAAUUGUAUCUAUUUUUAGUUAUUUGUUUCCUUUUAAGAGAUAAAUCUACAAGAGACAAUUCAGAAAGCUUCGUGUGGAAAAUCAGAUAAAUAGAGGGAAGUAAGUUCGUUGGUCAAACAUUGUUUGUAAUCACAUGAAUGCUCCCCCUUUAAUUACAAACUAAAAUUUUUAACAUUAACUAUCUAAUAAAAAUGUAUACAAAUAUAGAAUUUAGAUAUUACAUUUUUUUUCAACACCAACUUAAUUUUCUUUAUAACCUUAUUUAUUAGAUAAGCUUUGAAACUUAAAUAAUUAACAUAUAAUCUCAGCAAAUUUGAGAAUUUUAUUGUUCAACAUUGGGACUAGACAUUAUUGACUAAUUUCUAUAAUUGCCAAGACAAGACUUAUUAAAAGUACUAUUGUUGAUGUACUAUGUCAACCAGUUCCAAGAAUAAGGAUGAGGUCAAUACUCCAAUAUUCAUCCGAUAUCUGAUGCAGACGAAGCCGUUGUCCGUCUUCUGCACCUGUCUACUACAAGGACUAUUUUUUGGACUUCAAAUGUGUGUUUGACCUUCGUAAGAGACAAAUUAAUACAUUAAAGAAGAUUGAUGCAAGCCAUUUAUAUCAAUUUAAGAAAAAUGCUUAUCAAAUGAUGCUAUUUGCAUUUGGUAAAAAAAAAUAAAGUAAAACAAAAACAAUUUUUUUUAAAGCAAAUGUUUUUUAAUAGGGGGUAUUUAAAUACAUUUGCCUAGAUUAUACUUGUAGUUAAGGACUAUAAAUUAUUUUUCAAGGUACGUACGGUGAAAGUCUGCUUGCUUUAAAAAUUGCAGUAUUUAGGCUACAUUUAUCAGGGUAUACGGCUAGUUGCUGUAGGGUAUUAGCUUUUGUUUUGGGUAAUAAUCUAGAACCAAAUUGUUAUGUUUAGAGUAGAGAUUAGAGCGAGAGAAAGAUUGAUGGAAGCAGACCAUUUCAUCCUUGUAAUAAAUAAACCAGGUUUUUCCCUAAAUAACGUUUUGGUGAAUUAUUUAUGGUUAUUACCCGAACUGCUGUAGGGACUUGCUAUUGACUAUCGAUCAAACCAUUAACCUAACAAUUAUUAUUGAUUAUUGAUACUAUUAUUGUGUAAAUGUUACUUUUGUAAUAUAAUAAUAUCUAUUGUGCUGCUGGUAGAUAAACGUAUGUGUAUAUAUAUACAAACAUUAUGUCUAACUCGCAUAAAGUAACAUUAAACAAAAUUGUUUGGGUUUUCAUUACUAAAAAAAGAAACUCUGUAAGUAUAUGUACA